AUGGGCCCCUGUACCGCCUCCUCAUGCUGCUGCCAGGCCCGUAAUCUGCCAUGGGCCCCCGUACCGACUCCUCAUGCUGCUGCCAGGCCCGUAAUCUGUCAUGGGCCCCUGUACCGCCUCCUCAUGCUGCUGCCAGGUCCAGAGUGUCUCAUGGGUCCCUGUACGGCCUCCCAUUGCUGCUGUCUCCAUCACCACACUCUGCCAUGUGCCACUUUCAGGUCUCCUCACACUGCUGGUGGGUUCCAUUUUGUCAUAGGGUGCUGUAUGGCCUCCCAUUGCUGCUGCCUCCACCGCCACACUGUGGCUCCACACUCUGGUUUUGGCCCCGUGACUGCCCAAAUGAGUGAAGUGUGCGGUGAUUCUAAGAUCGACGGCACUCAUCUGCAUGUCAUACUGACUGACAGUAUUAUUUCUCUUCCCCAGCAGACUACAAGGGCAUUUAAAUUAAAGGUACAGUGUUCAGCACUAAUAUAA